AUGUACAGAAAGAGAAAGGCUGGUCUUCGCUCCGCUCUGCAAGACCUGCAGAAAAAGGAUUCUGAUUCGGUUUACGAGCAUGCAAUGGCAGGAGAAAAGAGGGACGUGAGGGCUGUGAGCGAAUUCAGUUGGAGAGGUGCUCUGGGAGGGUUACGCCUCCGACGCAGCGGAUUCGUCCCCGCGACAUGGAAACUUGGUGGUGUUGCGAAGCGGGUAGCAUUCAAGAGAUGUGAUUCAUCCAAGUGCUAUGGUGAGAAGGAUGAAUAG